AUGCACUUUCCUGCAUUGGUGUGCUUUUUCACUUUCUUCACUCAAGCCCAAGCUGUUUGUGACAUUGGACAAGACUUGGGAAUAUUUCUGUGUUCCGAUAAUUACGUUCAAGCUAUUGGUCUGCAAUUGAAGCUGGCUUUUUCCCACCAUUUCUACUCGUCGAUGCAGCUCAGCGAGAGUUUCUGCGAAAAGAACCCGAUUAUUUGCCCAAACGCCACUUCUGAUCUCUACGAUUGUAUCGAUGGAGCCGUGCAACAAGACUGUAUUGAGACUCUUUUAGUCGGGUUAGCGGUGUUUCUUUUCGCUUUCUUCACCCAAAUACGCGCCUCAUGCGACAUUGGACAGGUGGACACAAUAGCUUUGUGCUACGAUGUCUACAUGCAAGCUUUUGGUCUACCAAGUUUAUUGGGUGAAGUUUUUAUG